ACGUACCGUAUGGUGUCAGAGGAGGAACAGGCCCUCAGGGCCAAGCUGGAGCAUCUCUCGAUCAAAGACCAUGGGCCAGUGUUUGGACCCUGCGCCAAACUGCCUGACCACACUGUACAAAAGGCGAAAGAUGAGCUAAAUGAGACAGAAGAGAAAAAAGCAGCAGCUGUGACGGAGCUGAGAGGUAUCAUAAAGGAAAAAGCAGGAAGCGGAGAUGACCUGGCCAAGGCAGUGCAGGACACUUUUGGCGAGAAACCUGAUGGUGUGCUUGUGAGGUUCAUUCGGGCCAGAAAAUAUGACGUGUACAGGGCUUUUGACCUCAUGAAGGGUUACGUCCGCUUCAGGCGAGAUUACCCAGAGCUGUUUGAAAACCUAAGCCCAGAGGCUGUACGCAGCACUAUUGAAGCUGGUUACCCAGGAAUCCUGUCGAGCAGAGACAAAUAUGGCCGUGUGGUGCUGCUCUUCAACAUUGAGAACUGGGACUAUGAAGAGAUCACCUUUGAUGAGAUCCUCAGGGCCUACUGUGUGAUCCUGGAGAAGCUGCUGGAGAAUGAAGAGACUCAGAUCAAUGGCUUCUGCAUCAUUGAGAACUUUAAGGGCUUCACCAUGCAGCAGGCCUCAGGCAUCAAGCCCACAGAGCUGAAGAAGAUGGUGGACAUGUUGCAGGACUCUUUCCCUGCUCGUUUCAAAGCUGUGCACUUCAUCCACCAACCCUGGUACUUCACCACCACCUACAAUGUGGUCAAGCCCUUUUUGAAGAGCAAACUCCUGGAGAGGGUGUUUGUCCAUGGAGAUGAGUUGGAGACCUACUACAACGAGUUUGAUCCUGAAAUCUUGCCAUCAGAGUUUGAUGGCAAAGGCUCCAAAUAUGAUGGCAAGGCAACAGCAGCGAAACUUUUUGACUGAGGAAUAUGGUAACCAUUAUGAAAUAGUUCUUGAUG